AUGGAAGUGCACAUGAACCAGCCUCUUCUUCCCGUUGGUCUACCCAGUCAGUCAGCGUUUGAAAACAAUGAUACGGAGAAGUCGACUAAGAAGCUCCAAGAGGUGAAAGUCCUCGCCGAUGGAAAUGUUAUGAAGCUUCAAAAAACAAGGCAACGACGAAUUUUGAGCUGCAUCCAUUGUCAUUCGAAGAAGAUCAAAUGCUCUCGAGUUCAGCCCGUGUGUGACAACUGCAACAAGCUAGGGAUCGAGUGCAAGUACUUUGUUAAUAAGAGAUUAAGCAGAGGCCGCCGCAAAAACUCUCUGCCGUCGCAAACUCUGGCGAAGUCUUCUAGGGAACCCACCACCUCAAAACUGUCCGUCAAGUUGGAGCAUAAUCUGCCGAAAUUCAUUACUUCCCAAGAUCCUGGUUCAAUAGCCGCCCAUUCUUCUACCCACUUAUCUGACCUGAUUCCUAAGCUGAGAUCUCCCGAACAAAUGAAGGAUGAUCCCAUCACUUUUCCAGCAGAUGCCCCACUCAAUUAUGUGCUGAUGACAACAAUGAAAUCUGGCGUUAGUCCUCCCUCUGCGAAGGUUGAGUCCAUUCCUCCUGUCGCACUUCCUUCAGAAUCUACGAAUCCGAUGCUCCAGGCUCCUGUUGUUAACUCCGUUAGCAAUAAUAUCACCAAUAACUUUUUCAACACAAACUAUGCGAAUAAUGGUGGCAAUCAACAAAAAAAUACCUCUUCAGAAGAUCUCUAUUCUUUUAAUUUGAGUUCUUUUACUUUCACUUCAGGCCAAUCACUAAAUGGGAAUGCAGUCCCAAACAAGAUUUUCCCUGUCAAUUCACUGGGAAAAUUUGAUCAAGAUUCACCAAGAAAAUCAGAUGAGCCAUACCGCCUGCCUUCCGUGGGUGUUUUGAAAAAAACUGACAGUAACUCUAAUAUAAACGGUAUCUUGAAUGGAAACUCACAAAGCGCAAUUACUAACUUUGUGGAUGGCCCACGGAGCACGGUCCCAGUUGUCACAAACAUUUCAAAUAAUAUUAAGGUGGCAACUCUGUCGACUUACACUUUGCAAAACUUAUCGUCUGAUAUUUCCGAUACUGAAAACUCUCAGCUCAAUAAUCCAAGCUUGCACAACUCUCUAAAUGCUUAUCCCUCAAACCCUGCAACUACGAUGAAUUAUCUAUAUGGAACUAACACGUAUUAUGAAAGCCACAAUUUGUUGUCAGACCUUAUCAAUCAUUUACCAGGUUCGAAAGAACGUUCGCUUGAGCUUUUAGAUCGUUACCAAAAUUCUGUGCAUAUAAUAUUCCCUGUCAUGGUCAAUUUGCCUGAGUUUAUUAAGGAGCAUGAGAAAUUUUGGGAUAAAUUUGAUCCCAACAAGACCAAUUCCAGCUCCUGCUUCUCUCCUGAGAGCCAUGGCGAUUUCAACUUGUUGCAGUUCUAUACAUUAUAUUUUCCGAUUCUAUAUGCUGCAACAAUAUCCGAAUUUGAGGAGUAUGACAAUUUGCUCUUAAACCAAGAUAUUAACAAAUACUUGAAGGGGUUCAACAACAUAUGUCAAUAUUAUAAUUACCCUCAUGGAUUGAAGUCUAUCCCACUCCUCUUGGGUAAUGUGAUUAUACAAUCAACUAGCCCCAAUCCAUCAACUAUGGAAAUGUCUCAGAUAAUGAGGUAUGCAAAAUUUUUGCAAUUGCAUAAAGAUCCUGUUAAGUCAUUGCAUAUAUCCGAUUGGAAGAUUGUCAGGUUCAGAAGAGUACUUUGGUGGGUCAUUUUUGGACUAGAUGCUUUAAGUAGCCACAAUUUUUGCUUGCCUCCAGUUUGCAAGAUGGAUGACUUUAAUGUUGAAUUGCCUGAAGCAGAGGAUCCUGUUUAUGAUUCUUCUGGUCAUUUGAUUCACAAAAAAUUGAAUGUCGCAAUUCUCUCUAUGACCAUCAAGUUCAAGUAUGAUCGUAUUUUGAGCGAAUUGGUGAAUCAGUUACAUAAUGCUCUUUCACCAAAUAUCUCAACCGAUGAGGUAGAACGAAUCAAAUCCAUGAUCAUAGGCUUAUUCCACUACAUCCACCAAUCAAUCUUGAAAAUGAAUGAGUUCUUCAAGGCCAAUCCACCAAAGACUGUCCAAGAAGUGAAUCUACUUCAUUUCAUAAAGAAUCACUCGUGGAGCUACGUUGAUCGCGCCAUGAUGCUAUUGCAUAAAAAGAUUCUUCUUAAUGAACCCAAAGGUGAUGCUGGGAGUUUGGAAGUAACGAAGGAUACACCGGCUCUUUCAUUCCGUAAAGGCAGCGGUUCUUUGGCUUUGAGCGAGUAUGAGGAUACGUUUGGCAGAUUGCAAGAGACAAAUAUAAUCAAGAAUUUUGAUAAUUUGUCGAUCUCGCAACUCAAGUUCAAUCAGCAUGAGCUUUUCACGUAUGAGAACAUGCAUAACAAUUUAAUUCCCUCCAUUUUGCAUAAUUUGAAUGAUUUCUUGAAAUAUAAUGACUUCAUCAAAUUUGGGAAGUUCAACUGGUAUGUGAAACGAACAAUACCUUUGGAUUCAAUAAUAAUGUUGUUUGUGGUAAUUUGUGUCAAGUUCAAAUACGACUUUAUGACGUUAAAUGAGUUGGUGAUCUAUGUCAACUUGAUAAACAAAGCGCUCUUCAUUUUGAACAGAAAGUAUUUCAAAAAUGAAAAGUACAAGAGGAUGCUUUCGUUGACAAAUUUAACAUGGGAGUUCAUUUUAAAAAAGCACAAUGUUGUGCGCGUUAUGAAUGCCAUAAACCACCGGAAGGAUGUGAAGGUGGAGUUUUUUGACUACCAGGUUAGUGGCUACAUGAAUUUAAGUGAGCUAUUCAAUGUUAUGGACGUGCCUCAGCCUGCUUUGAUCUGUGAUGGUGAAAAUUAUGGAGCCAUUAAAGAUAAUGAUGAUGUUUCGUCCUUCAAUGAACCCUCGAAUAGAUGGGCAGAUCAAGAAUUAAUGGGCCAGUCUUUCUAUUCGAGCAACAUCCUCAAACAAUUAGAUGACCGAAGUGAUACAGAUUUGCAGGGUCAAAAACUUGAGCUUCUUCAACUAAAUGAGAAAAUCUACUACGAUCUACGUAACAACUUUGUGGACAUCAUCGAUUACUGUACCUUCUAUUCAUCGUUGGAGAAUGUGCUUCACGAAUUGAUGGAUUACAUUAACAGCAGCGGGAAUAUCGCACAUUAG